AUGUCUCAGAGUAACAGGCAAUUGGCCAGUUCCCUCCUAGCUUUUUAUACUGCGCUUGAUGCACUGCGCCAAUUGCAUCGCCUCAUGGACAACGCCCCCGCGGAAGAACUUGUUUACUUCACCUCUAUGCUGGCCCUUGACGCCUGCGACUACGACUGGGAACUGCAGUCAGAAUGUUCAGACUCGAACGACAACAUCGAUGCACAUGUGGCGGAUCCUGCCGACAUUCCUACAGAUCCAUCGAAAAAUGACCACUAUACCGAUGCUGACGGGGACUUGGAGAUGACAGACGCCCCUACACAGGAAUUCGGGACUCUGCUGGAUCUGGACGACCUGUCAGAGACCUUCAGCCCGGUAGACGAAUUAGAUCGUCAAGACCAACGAUCUGACGCAUCUACGCUGAGGAACCUUGCGGCCAUAGAGAGUUUCACGAGCAUCCAAACCCAUCAGAUCGCUGAUGCAGAAACGCUGGACGUCCAAGAAGCAAAGAAUAUGAACAGUCAAAGCACUCAGGGCAACGUUCUGCAAGGAUUCGUGACUUCAGGAGAGGACUCAUCAGAUGCGGCUCAUGUGGAGCAUGUUGAGUUCGCUAAGGACGAAGAAGUUGGAAUGGUUGAGCAUGUCGAGUACGCAAACUCGGGACAGACCGAGAGCGACGAAGGUGGCGGCGGAUACGACGGCGGCAAUGAUGACACCGAUUCACAGCCGAAAGACCCCAUGGAGGAGCUCCGACAAGAGCUGAAGGAUCAACGUGAUGACCUUGACUGUUAUUACAAAAUGACACGCCGCCAGCCGCCUUUGGACCACGAGGCUACGGCACCAUACUUGUACUGGUGGUACCUCCACAGCUAA